AUGGGUUCUGCAACCAUUGACACUCUCUUCACUGAGAGUGUCGUCCCUCAGGCUCCAGAGGACCCUCUCUUUGGUCUGAUGGCUGCUUACAGAAAGGAUACCUUUGACAAGAAGGUCGAUCUUGGUAUUGGUGCCUACCGCGACAACAAUGCAAAGCCUUGGGUUCUGCCCGUGGUGAAGAAGGCCGACGACAUCAUCCGUCAAGAUCCUAACCUUAAUCACGAAUAUCUGCCCAUCGCAGGUCUUGCUGAGUUCACCUCCGCUGCUCAGAAGCUCAUUCUGGGCCCCGAAUCUCCUGCCAUAAAAGAAGGCCGCGCCGCUUCAUUGCAGACCAUCUCUGGCACAGGUGCUGUCCAUCUGGGUGGCCUCUUUCUUUCCAAGUUCCUUCCCAAACCCACUCCCACCAUCUACCUCUCUAGUCCUACUUGGGCAAAUCAUAAUCAAAUCUUCUCAAAUGUCCACCUGCCCAUCGCCAACUACCCUUACUUCUCCGCAAAGACAAAAGGUCUCGAUUGCGAAGGUCUGCUCAGUACCUUGAACUCGGCCAAAGAAGGUUCCAUUAUCCUCUUACAUGCCUGUGCUCACAAUCCCACCGGUGUCGACCCCACUCAGGACCAAUGGAAGCAGAUUGCUCAAGUUGUCCGAGAUCGCAAACUCUUCCCCUUCUUCGACUGCGCUUACCAAGGCUUUGCCUCCGGUGACUUGGCUCAGGAUAACUUCGCCAUUCGGUAUUUCGUUGAACAGGGCUUCGAGUUGAUCAUCGCACAGUCGUUCGCCAAGAACUUCGGUCUGUACGGCGAAAGAGCAGGUGCUUUUCACUUUGUCGCUGCGCCUGGCUCCCAGGCCAAGGACAUCACAAAACGCGUGGCUUCUCAACUCGCCAUCCUUCAGCGCUCCGAGAUCUCAAACCCUCCUGCAUACGGCGCACGUAUUGCAAGCACGGUGUUGAACGAUCCCAAACUCUUUGCUGAGUGGGAAGGUGAUCUAAGAACCAUGUCUGGACGAAUCAUCGAGAUGAGAAAGUCCCUGAAGGCAGAAUUAGACAAACUAGACACCCCAGGUAACUGGGAUCACAUCACUGGUCAAAUUGGCAUGUUCAGUUUUACCGGGAUUAGCGAGAAACAAGUCCUUGCUAUCAGAGAGAAAUGGCAUGUCUACAUGACCAAGAACGGCCGUAUCAGCAUGGCUGGUCUAAACACGGGCAAUGUCAAAUACUUUGCGGAGGCUUUGGAUGAUGUGGUAAGGAAUGUGAACUGA